UUUAAAUACACUCUACUCUCUACUCAAUCUCCAACCAUUCUCUCAAGUUUUCAUUUCAUGGCAACCAUGGCUUCUACCUUGGCUUCCUCAGUAUCCAAAACCUCUUUCUUGGAUGCUCAGAAAUCCUUCUUCCAUGGAACCCCUGCCGUCUCUUCACAAUCAAGGUCUUUUAUACAGCCCCUCAAAUCCUCUAUUCCAAGAAACAUGGCUAUCUCCAUGUCCGCUUCGGCUUCCAAUCCUCCUCCUUACGAUCUCAAAAGCUUCACAUUUGAUCCAAUCAAGGAAUCCAUUGUUUCUCGGGAGAUGACGAGGAGGUACAUGACGGAUAUGAUCACCUUCGCCGAUACCGACGUCAUUGUUGUCGGCGCUGGAUCUGCUGGUCUCUCUUGCGCUUAUGAGCUCAGUAAGAACCCUAAUGUUCAGGUGGCGAUAAUAGAGCAAUCUGUGAGCCCGGGCGGAGGCGCGUGGCUGGGCGGGCAACUGUUUUCCGCUAUGGUGGUUCGCAAGCCGGCCCAUCUGUUCCUGGACGAGCUGGGCGUGGAGUACGACGAGCAAGACAACUACGUGGUGAUCAAGCACGCGGCGCUGUUCACGUCGACGAUCAUGAGCAAGCUGCUGAGCAGGCCGAACGUGAAGCUGUUCAACGCGGUGGCGGCGGAGGAUUUGAUCGUGAAGGGCGGGAGAGUGGGCGGCGUGGUCACCAACUGGGCUCUGGUGUCGAUGAACCACGACACGCAGUCGUGCAUGGACCCCAACGUGAUGGAGGCGAAAGUGGUGGUGAGCUCCUGCGGCCACGAUGGCCCGUUUGGGGCUACCGGAGUUAAGAGGCUUAGGAGCAUUGGGAUGAUCGAAAGUGUCCCCGGGAUGAAAGCUUUGGAUAUGAACACGGCGGAGGACGCCAUCGUGAGGCUGACUAGAGAAAUCGUGCCCGGGAUGAUUGUCACCGGCAUGGAGGUCGCCGAAAUCGAUGGAGCACCAAGAAUGGGACCGACGUUUGGAGCGAUGAUGAUAUCAGGGCAGAAGGCGGCGCAUUUGGCACUGAAAGCUCUAGGAAUGGCUAAUGCUAUUGAUGGAACAGAGGUUGGAAGCGUUCACCCAGAGCUGAUAAUGGCUGCGGCUGAUGAUUCGGAUGUGGUGGAUGCUUAAUUCAUUAGAAGAGACAGAGGAGCUUAGCUGAGACCUGAGAGGCCAUAAAUUCAAGCAGAUCGAGUGGUAUUAAGUAUUUUGCUAGCUAGAUUUCGAGAUGGGUAUGUAUGUUGGUCUGCGUAAUCAAAUGAAGGACAUCCAUGAAUAAUAUAUCCUUAAUUUUAAACUUUGCUUGCUUAUCA